CUUGAUGCAAGAAGCAAAUGUCUCCAAUGCAUAUAGGCAGCAAAUCAAUUCACAAGUGAAAAAAGGAGAACCUCUGGAUCAAAGUCUGAAAAACAGACCGGUUCGGAACAAAAGAAGUACCACAAAAUCAAACAACGCCCGGAAAAUGGGACGAAGUUUCAAACCGGGUAUCCGUCCAAGGCACGCAAUUGAAGAAUCGAUGAAGGACGACACACCCUAUCGACCCAAACCAGCGACCUCUGGACCAGCAGAGAAAACGCGGCUCGCAUACCUGAUGGCCUACGGUCAGGAACCAAGGGCUAAACAUUUGGAUUCGAGAAAAAACGAGAACGGUCGGUUUGCGUAUCUUAAAAGACGUGUACAAGGCGUCAGAAAGUUUGGAAAAAACUACGAUGACAAUGGAGAUCCACUGCCGGAUGAUGAUGACAGAUUCCUCGAACUUAUCCGAGAAGUCAAAGAAAGACGGCAAUUUCUCGAUCAGAUGAGGGUCAUGGGUAAAGAACACAUUUACAAGAAUGAAGUGGAAACAGAAAUUUCACAGCUUGUGCGAGAAAUGGAGCAGAUCGACAUGAAACGUUCGGCCGAACUGGAAAGAGCUAUUGAACUGCAUGAAACUCGUGGACAGCGGCUCCACUGAGCUAUCGUCGCCACACCACGACCGAAAUCAAUUUGUUCGAUUUUUUCUUUGAUAAACCGCGCGUUUUUGAUUUCUUCGUCCAUAUUCUAUCCGACGCCUAGACACACUUCCAACUUAGAACAUUCUGCAAACAUAUACUGCAAUGUCAGUCGAACUGUGAUACAU